GGUGAAUUAUAAAAAUGGAGAUUGGGGAUGGGAAAGUUAGCUCUGGGGUGCCUGUGACUCAAGGUAACCCUCCUAGUGCAUCUAGACAGCAGCAUGCCUAUGGAAUUCCAGCACAAGAGAAGGGUAAUUGUGGAGUUUAUGCUAAUAAUCAGAGUUUGUACUGUAAUGGAGGAAAUCGUUCACAAGGAGAUCCGUAUCUUCAGAAUAGAAUUAUGAUGAAGCCUAUACCGAAUGUUUAUGGAAUGACAGACCCAACAAUGAUAGAUUGUCCUAGUUGUGGCCAUCAAGGUGUAACUGCUAUCAAAUAUAAGGUGUCUAUCUUCCAGUGGAUCAUAUGUUUACUAUUAUUUAUAGCUUUUCCAUUCUUGUGUUUCGCUCCAUUUUAUUUUAGGAGCUGCUAUCAAGUAAUGCACAGCUGUCCUGUCUGAGAGUAUUUUAUUGGAUCUUCUCAGUAAAUUUGUUCCUUAAAAUACCAGUUUUGAUUCUCAAU